ACAGCUAUAAAUUCACUUUCUUUCCGAAUCAAACUGAGACUAACGAAGUUCAUAUCUUAACAUUACCGUGACAGUUACCAGACGAUGCAGAAGAACAAAACCCUAACCUCAUCUGUAAGGAUCAGCGAAGGAUGGAAAACGUUUGUGUUAUGAUGACCUGUCCCUGUUCGCCUUCCUCAUACCUGAAAGAAGAGAUCGACAAACAAUUCAAGCUCUUCAGAUACUGGGAAUUCGCUAACAAGGAGGAUUUCCUGAAAGCAAACGCCGAAUCCAUCAGAGCCAUCGUAUGCAACACAGCGGUUGGUGCCGACGCAGAGACAAUCGAUUUGUUUCCUAAUUUGGAAAUCGUCUCUACUUUCAGCGUCGGCCUUGACAAGAUCGAUCUGGUGAAAUGCAAAGAGAAGGGGAUUAGGGUUACUAACACCCCUGACGUUCUCACCGACUGCGUCGCGGACACGGCCAUGUCUUUGAUGUUAGCGAUAUUUAGAAAGAUCUGCGAGCACGAUCGUUACGUGAGGAGUGGAUCGUGGGCGACCAAAGGGGAUAUGGAGCUAACAACCAAGUUUAGCGGCAAAAGAGUCGGGAUUUUGGGGCUGGGAAGGAUUGGUUCUGCGAUUGCGAGAAGAGCAGAAGCCUUUGGGUGUUUGAUUAGUUAUCAUUCGAGAUCGGAGAAAUCUUCGAUCUCGAAUGCGAAGAAUUACAAGUAUUUUUCAAGCGUUGUAGACAUGGCUUCUAAUUGCGAUGUACUUGUGGUUGCGUGUGCUUUAACGAGUGAGACGCGACACAUUGUGAACAGGGAAGUGAUAGACGCAGUGGGUUCGAAGGGGUAUAUUGUGAACAUUGGACGAGGGCAGCACAUCGAUGAAGCAGAGCUUGUGGCUGCGUUGGUUGAAGGAAGAUUGGGAGGGGCUGGGCUGGAUGUGUUUGAGAAGGAGCCUGAGGUGCCCAAAGAACUCUUUAACCUUGAGAAUGUGGUGAUGUUGCCUCAUGUGGGGAGUAAUACUUGGGAGACUGAUAAAGACAUGGCAGACCUUGUGAUUGCAAACUUGAAAGCUCACUUUCUAAAGCAGCCAUUGCUGACACCUGUGGUCUAAUUUUUUUAGGUUGACUCACAAAUUACUGUUCAGCCAUUGAAGCUAAAACAGAUCAAUAAUCUUAUGGAAGAUUUCAGCACAUAAACCUCAUAUGAAGGAUGUAUGAAUUUCCCUUUCCCUUUUCUUUAAAAGCUUUAGAAUUCUUGAAUAAACAAUGAAAGGAUUCACAUUAAAGCACAACCUAAUUUAAU